CUUAAGUAGCUUUGAUGCAGCAAUUAACAAAAGUAAUAGAAUUGUUACGUUGGAGUAAAUUAACUAUAAUUUUUGUAAGGAGAAUAAAGCUUUUAACUUUUUAAAUUAGUUGGCAUCAUUUGUUAUACUAAAGACCAUAGUUAACAGUAGUCUGGGCAGAGAAUGUAGAUAUAUUUUACGUUCUCUGGUAUGGGGAAAUAACAAACAAUGAUGCAAACGCCAAUUAUAGCCAAUUUCCCUGACACGACUUCCUAAAAAGUCGUAAAGAGCAUUAUGGAAAUAAAUGCAUAAACAAUUGGGUUUUCUCUAUAAUGCUUCUGACUACGAAAAAACCAUUUUCAUAAUAAUUAAAUAUGUGAUAAACACCAAAUCGAGUGAUUUCAUUUAAUUUAUCAUAUAAGGAAGGCAACAUUGUUACAAAGUGACAGUCAUCUUCCAUGUAAAUUUUGACAUUAUUCUUCAUUGUUGUAAUUUGUCGAGCAUUGUUUUCAAUUGUUAACAAUUAGACCAUAUAUUAGCAGUUUUUAAUAGUAAAGAAGUUUUAUUUCAAAUUGUUUAUAAACACACAUCAAACCAAUUGCAAUGGAGGUCGACGAGGAAGAUUUCGAGGUACCAACUUCAAGUAGCAAAGGCGAAAAGAAGCGUUUCGAUGUGAAAAAGUGGAAUGCCGUCGCUUUAUGGGCCUGGGAUAUUGUUGUAGACAAUUGCGCUAUUUGUCGUAACCAUAUAAUGGAUUUGUGUAUAGAAUGUCAGGCCAAUCAGGCGUCUGCUACCAGCGAGGAAUGUACUGUUGCGUGGGGCGUCUGCAAUCAUGCUUUUCAUUUUCAUUGCAUCUCACGUUGGUUAAAAACCCGACAGGUGUGUCCAUUGGACAACAGGGAAUGGGAGUUCCAGAAAUAUGGCCACUAAGCGUCGUUAGGAGUUUCCAAGCGGUAAUUGAGGGAUCUUGCUCUUUUUUUAUUUCAUCUUCAAUAAAGGCGCUAUUCAAAUCGUCUACAUAUAAUUUAUAACGCGUUUGCUAUUAAACUGCAGUAUUUUUGGUUUAACGCUAAAUAAUAACCUAUAACUAGUUUGUCAAAAUGAUUGCAAAAUAAAUGAAUUUGAUACAAAAGUAUAAAAAGUA